UUGUUAGUCGGAGCUAGCGAUAUAGUCUGCUCAGGCACGAACCGGCAACUACCACCGCCGUAUGUACGCCGGCGUUGCGUGAAUCAGAAGAACGGUAAUUGAGAUCCGACGAACGUAAUCCAGCAGCAGUAAUUAGAUAUGGCGGAAGGAUUGCACAGCAUCCAAGUUAAUGGAAUGCAAUUCUCUUACGAUCUUCAAUCCCCUUUAUUUUUCGAAUUUAAUCUCACAGUCUCGGCAGGGUCCCGAUGCCUCCUCGUCGGUGCCAAUGGAUCCGGGAAGACGACUCUGCUGAGGAUAUUAGCGGGGAAGCACAUGGUUGGGGGGAAAGAUGUGGUACGAGUACUGAAUCGCUCUGCUUUUCACGACACGAAUCUCGUUUGCGGUGGUGAUUUGGCUUAUUUAGGGGAUUCGUGGAGUAAGAGUGUUGGCUCUGCUGGAGAAUUGCCACUUCAAGGAGACUUUUCUGCUGAACACAUGAUUUUUGGAGUCGAAGGAGUGGAUCCAGUUAGAAGAGAAAAGCUGAUUGAGCUGCUUGAUAUCAAUCUUCAAUGGCGGAUGCACAAGGUUUCUGAUGGACAGCGGCGAAGAGUCCAAAUUUGCAUGGGUCUCCUUCAUCCUUACAAGGUUCUGCUGUUAGAUGAGGUCACAGUCGAUCUGGAUGUGGUAGCCAGGAUGGAUUUGCUGGAAUUUUUCCGGGAAGAAAGUGAACAGAGAGGAGCUACAAUUGUUUAUGCAACCCACAUUUUUGAUGGCCUGGAGACAUGGGCAACUGAUCUUGUCUAUGUUCAAGACGGCGUGCUGAAGAAAUCAGAAAAGCUAUCAGAACUCUUUGAACUCAAGAGCUACCCCAAUCUACUGUCUGUGGUCGAACAUUGGCUGCGCCAUGAAACCAAGAUAGAGAAGAAGAAGCCUGCAGAUGCUAUCAAGAAAUCUUCCCCUUUCGAUACCUCUCCUUUUAGAUCAUCCAGGCAUAUGGCUUACUACCGGUGAUCUUAACAAUUCCAGCGGAAAUCGGUAAACUGUAUCUUCUAGAUUCAUUCGUUAUGAACUCUGCUUUGUCCCAUAAGGUUUAUUAAUUAUUAAUCUGCAUAUGACAUUUUACUCA